AUGAAAUUAAUAAUAAUAAUAAUAAUUGAUGUUCGCCUUCUGAAUCCACAGUGGCCCAAAGGAAAGAAUAGAGAGAUCAACCCUGCACAUAUCGAAAAGCUCCGAAAUUCUUUGGCAUCAGGAGUGCGCCGUCUGGAUGCUGAGACCCGAAUGAAGGCCGACAUUACUCGCAAUGAUUUCAAACUAUUCCUUAAGCAUAUGGCUUCGCAAUAUUCAGCAAGUCCACCAGCAGCUGUUGUGCCCUUACAUAAAGGAAAGCCUGUUGUGCAGUGGACAACACAGGUCAUUGAGGAGAUUAUGCGAAAUACUGUCGGUCUGAAGGAUGCUCAACCAAAUGAUGUUAUUCUUUUUGAUUGGCCGAGCGACAUUCCAAACCUGACACUUGAUGCGGGUCAGCAUCGAAAGCUAGCCCUUGAGAGUCUAUUAGUGGAUCAGGCCGCUGCAGCAGUUAAUCCACCACCACCUCCUGAUGAUGGGACUUCCCCACCUCCUCCCGUAAAGGCGCCCACUGAUGAAGACUAUUUAUGGGCUGUUGACAUCUACGCAAGUGAUGACUUCAACAUGGAAAUGUGGAUGGCGUUACGGUCUAACCGCCGUGAGGUGCAAAAUCCAGAUGCGGAUGGUGUUUUUCUUAUUCGCAUACUUGAAGUCUUUGAGGCCAAGUCCCUGGCAGAACAGAAGAAGCUCCUUACAUCCAGUAAACUCAAAGAAUGGCUCUCUCAAAUGCUUGGCAUUGAUCUUACAUGGGUUCAUCGCAUUCUUUCAAUCCUGAAGCAUACAGGGUUCAAGAGGCUGUUUAAACAGUACUGCUCAACACCAUAUGGGGCUCUCCACUUCAACUUCACUACGGCUGACAAGAUGGUCAAGCUAGAUCAGAUUUGGUUUCGGCAUUUUGAAGAGUUCUUCACAUUUGAAAGAACUAUCUUUGGUGACCUGUCCUCAAAGGUCACUGGAGCAGACUGGUCAGAGUUGAUGACACUCCCUGUUCCCAGAGAACAUAGCAUUCUUCGACCCUUGUCCUUCCCCACAAAUGAUGAUUACAUGAAUGGGGCCCUCAACCAUAAUCUGCUGCGACUCCCCACUGCAUAUACUGAUGGCAACUUGACACUGCCACAGAUGAAACCAUUUACGAAGAGAGGAGCUACAUACCAGACCCGCCGCCCUGAUUUUUUCAGAACAUUGUCUGAUGACGAGUAUUGUCAUCUGUUUGAAAACCUCUGGAACCACCCGGACUUAAAGUGCCCCUCAUGGCAGACAUGGACAAUGAUAGCCAAGGAUGUGGCUGAGCCUACUGCGAAAGUGUUGAAGCAUAUGACAUACUGGUUUGAUCCAGAGUGGAAGUAUCCUGAAGCUGCGAAGAAGACAUUGCAAAGCUUUUCUUGGAGAAAUGAGGUCCAAACAGUUAUUCUGGAAGAUUCAACCCUUACUGCUGGUGGUGUGCGGGGCUAUGAGCCUAAUGCAGAUACAUCCCAGGUUGCUGAGCGCCUCAUUAAUGAAGUAUGGGAUGAAGUGGAGGAGGAACCACUCUGGCGAGAUGCUGAGCUCACCAAAGCUGUAAGUGAAAAAUCUAACUUAAAGCGAUUUAAAUACCGGCACUGGGCCAAAAUGGUUAAGAUCGCUCUUAGCUACGCGGGUCCAGCCCUUGCAGGCAAGAUGGUCGUGUACAACGACCUAUCAAAGCUGCAAGAAAAUCUUGUGAACUGGACGGCAUGGGGACACCUAUCAGCACAAGUAAACUGGGCACAGAACCCAAUGGUCCGAGGUGUACGGGUCCUUAAUACUGAUAGUAUGAAGAGGUCCUUUACCUCAGAAGCUAAUGUCUUAGGUGCUCUCUGGGGGUAUCGCACACUGAAGCAGAUUAUGUUGGAAACCUUAGAGAAAGGGUUCCCAUCACAAGUAACUCGUUCAAAAGCAUCUGUCAUCUCUGAUGAGGAAGAAUGGAAGACUGCCAUGGAUCACCUGCAUCAGUAUGCACUCAUCCUACAUACCAAUGGGUGGAACCCAGAGCUGGAUAACAUGAUUGAGGACCUAUCGCCUUACCACAUGAAUAUCAACAAUCAUCAGGAGAGGACUGCUGAGACCCGCCCUGGAUUUACUACCGCCAUCCCGAAGAGUGCCGACUUAAUUAAGGGAGACAAGGGUAGUCAGAUCCUCUUAAAGAAAGUCCAAGCUCAAUCGCUUGGCAUUCCUCAGUCAAGCUCUUCAACACCAUCCCAGUCUGGCCCUGCUCCAUCCCAGUCUGGCCCUCAGAACAAUGCUGUUAUCAAUAAUAAUGCACAGUCGGAGGAGAGUGAUGAUAAUGAUGUCAGUGAUGACAAUCAUGGAGCUGGUAAAGGAGGUCAGGGAGCUGGUAAAGCAGGUCGUGGGUCUGCUAAAGCAGGUCAAGGAGGUAGUAAUGCAGGUGGUGGAGAUGGGGGUGAAAAAAGCAAGAAAAGAGCAAGGAAGGAGACGAAGGGGGCAGCCAGUAAGAGGCGCAAAUCUAACUAG